GACGAGGACGCCAGCGUCGGGGGCCGGUUCAGCCACGAGUGGCAGAAGACGAGCCCGCGGACACGUCCGACGCGGCGUAUGAGAAGCGACACCGCAAGUACGAGACGUUCGAGAAGCGGCAGCGGCUGCGCGAGAAGGAGAAGCUGAAGCACGAGCAGUACAAGCUCAAGGAGCGCAUCGAGCAGCUGCGCGGGAUGGACACGCCCGCGUUCCUCGCCCUCCCCGCGUCCGACUUCCCUCCGCCGCCGACGGCUUCCCCGACGAGGCGGCAGAACAGACGGGGACGCGCCGGACGUCGGUGGCUUGUACUUGCACAGUAGUGGCGCGCAGAUGGAGGGCGAGCGGCGGAGGAAGGAGAUGCUGGCUAUCGCCUCCAGUCUGGAGGGACGCUAUCGUACGCUGCUCAACCCUGACAAGAAGCCCGUCGAGAAGAAGUACGGGCGACCAGAGAGCUCUAUUACCUCUGCUGCCCCAGAGGCCGUCAAUGGGUCUAUCUCUGACGAGGAACCCGAAGAGGAGGCACAAGAGGAUGAGGAGGAAGGCGAAGAAGAGGUGGCGCAAGGCGAUGAGGAAGGAGAAGAGGUGGACCAGCUGGAGGAAUCCGAAAUCGAUGUGGACACAGAGUCACCACAGCGACCAUCAUACCACGACGAGUCAGGAGAAUCCGAGGUCGACUUCGAGGAGCGGGACCGGCAGCGCUCGAAGGGCUUAAAGCUCAAGAUCAAGUUCACGCCUCGGACACCGUCGCAACUAAAGGGCACGCUGUCCAAGUCGACCACCAAGAAAAGGAAGCAGACGACGCUGUCUCCGUUCAUGACCCAGAAAGCCCUUGCAGCGAGCCGGAAGGCAGACGAGCAGAGUCCUACCAGGAUGCUUGCGACGACAUCCAUCCUCACCACCGCCUCCACACCAUCGCGCGCUCGCGGACCCGGCGGCAAGUUCCUGCCAAAAGGCCAGGAGCUCGAGAGCGCCAGUGCUACGAAGGCACAUCCUCGAAAACGUCCCCGCACAGACAGCCUGGGUUCCUUCACGCAUCCAGCAAAAGCAACAACGACGCAUGGAGAGUCAAUCUCGUCGGGUGCGGUGCGUCCCAUGCGUCUCGACUCGCCGGGCUCGAGGCACUACGCGACGUAUGCGGGGGCCGCGGGGAAGCAGGAGCAGACGACGUGCAUGCUUAUGGUCGCCGCACUGCGCAACUCUGCCGCGCCGAACGCACGCAAGACGCAGCGCAAUGUGCUGGCGUUCGGUGCGCGGGUGCCGCAGGAGAUCGAAGUGCGGGACUUUGAAAUUCCAGAGUGGGUGCUCAACCAAGACGCACAAGACGACCCACCCGCUGAAGAAGAACCGUCCGACUCGGAAUACACAAUCUUGCCUCGGAGCAGCAAUCUCAAGCAGGAGUCGAUUGCCUCGGAGCGCACUGGCCUAUUGUCAAAGGAAAACGACGAGGACGUCGUGCAGAUAGCGUACCUGACUUCGCCAUAAUUAUUCGUAGUGUAGUCCCGUGUAGCGAUGAGUUUGGUGGUCGGGAGCUGUCACAUACCCGUAUGUAUUGACUAAACUUAUGUAUGAUACCCCGUCUACGUUCAAGCACUCGGAGGCUGGUUCUCAACAACCCUGUUCACCACAAAGCUCUGCACAGUACCCAGCGCGUUCUCCCGCGUCUUCAGCCCCGCCCCCCUCCUGCGUCCAAC